UGCCCAGGGCCGCUGGAGCAGGGCGGGAUAUUGGAGGAGGCGACUGCAAGGCUGUGAAGGUGUGAGCAGGAAAGGAACCAGCUGUAAACACAGGGUCAUUUUGUAAUGGUUGAGGCGUUUAGGUAACCCCGGGUGUCGGGUAUCUUGCCGCUGAUUUGAGGCUCGAAGAUGCUCUUGGAGCCCUUCCAGAGGGUGAGGAAGGUCCUGCUCACGCCAGCGCGGCUCUUCCGGGCGGGGAGCGGAGCGCUGCAGCCCCGGGCCCGCCCUCCCCUCCUCGGGGGUGGUGCCGGCGGCGGUGCCGGCGGAGUCGGCGCGGCGGGCCGGGACCGAAGGAUGCUGCUGUCGCUGCUGCCUCUCCUGCUGCUGCUGUUGCUGCCGGCGCUGGCCGAGGGGCACCGGGCGGCGGUGCUGCGGCUGGGGCUCCGGGACAGCCCCCGAGGGGAGGUGAGCCUGGCUUUCCUCUCCCUCACCCUGGAUGCCAGCCUCGCCCGGGACCCGCGCUAUGUCGCCCUGCUCAGCAAUUCGAAGCUGCGGGCCCUGGCAACAGCCCUGUCCCCAGGUUUCCUGAGGUUUGGUGGCACUGAGACAGACUUUCUUAUCUUUGAUCCCAACAAGGAUUCAACUUCAGAAGAAAAAAUCUUCUGGGAAUUUCAAGCACAGCAAGAGGCUUGUGGCUCAAGGCCUGCAUUUGCUGCUGUUGAGAAGGUGCUGCUGACCCAAUGGCCCAGCCAGGAGAAGCUGAUUCUUGCCGAACAGAACCGGAAAAAGCACAAAAACAUCACCAUUACAAAAAACACACUGGAUAUUCUCUAUAGCUUUGCUAACUGCUCAGGGUUUCACCUGAUCUUUGGACUCAAUGCCUUGCUGCGGAAAGGUGGCUUGCAGUGGGACAGCUCAAAUGCCCAGGCACUGCUGGACUACUGUGCUUCCCAGAGGUACAACAUCUCCUGGGAACUUGGGAAUGAGCCCAACAGCUUCAGGAAGAAAUCUGGCAUCCACAUUGAUGGCUUCCAGCUGGGGCAAGAUUUUAUUCACUUACGCCAACUGCUGAAUAACUAUGCCCUCUAUCAGCAUGCCAAGCUCUACGGCCCCGAUGUUGGGCAGCCCCGAAAGCACACGCAGAGACUGCUGAGAAGCUUCCUGAAAUCGGGAGGGAAGGUGAUCGACUCUGUCACAUGGCACCAUUACUAUGUGAAUGGACAGAGUGCAACAAGGGGGGAUUUCUUGAGCCCUGAGGUGCUGGACACCUUCGCCACAGCCAUAUAUGAAGUUCUGGAGAUUGUUGGUCAGACUGUGCCGGACAAGAAGGUAUGGCUGGGAGAGACGAGCUCUGCCUAUGGAGGAGGAGCUCCCAGAUUGUCUAACACUUAUGUUGCUGGCUUUAUGUGGUUGGACAAACUCGGGCUUUCAGCCAGGCAGGGGAUUGAUGUGGUAAUGAGACAGGUUUUCUUCGGGGCAGGGACCUAUCACCUGGUGGAUGCCAACUUUGAGCCUUUGCCGGACUACUGGCUUUCACUGCUCUACAAGAAGCUGGUGGGUACCAAGGUGCUGCAGGUCGGCCUGGCAGGAGCCAACAAGAGGAAGCUCCGUGUCUACCUCCACUGCACAAGCAGCCUCAACCCAAAGUACAGAGAAGGGGAUGUGACACUGUUUGCCUUAAACCUCUACAAUGUCACCCAACAUUUGAAGCUACCAGAUUACCUAUCGAGCAAGCAUGUGGAUCAGUACCUCUUACUGCCUCAUGGCAAAGAGAAUAUUCUUUCCAGGUCUAUUGAGCUGAACAGCCGUGUGCUACGGAUGCUGGAUGAUGAAACACUGCCAGAGCUUAUGGAAAAGCCCCUUGGUCCUGGCAGACUUCUUGGCCUUCCAGCCUUCUCCUAUGGCUUUUAUGUUAUCAAAAACGCCAAAGCUAUUGCUUGCAUUUAAGCGGUCAACACACACACUCAGGAUAAAUGUAAAGCACUAGGCUAGUAGGAAAUUUUUUUUUUUGCUCUUGAUCCAACCUGUCACUGUGCUUGAGCAUGGAACUCUUCUCCACACCACACAGGGAGCUUCUCACACUACUUGGGGCUCUGCCAGCCCAGGCACUGCAACCUCCCCUCACCCUCUAGUUUCUGCAAGCACAGCUCCUAAAGCAGUUUCUUCAAAAGCUUGCCUUCAGAAAGGAUGAGCAGAGUUUUUAUUUGAGCUGUACAGCUGUGGCCUCACACUAUGUGGGGGUUGUGGUUGCUGAGGGUAUCUUGAGGUCGAAGGUCUGGACACACAAAGCAAACCAAAGUCAGGGUGCUUGCAGGGGCAAAGGCCUUGCAGAGAAACCAGAUCCUCUAUUAGAUUUGGGGAAACAACACACAUUUUUCUUAAGCUAGGAUUGUUCAGUCACAAGAUGGAGCUGUGGUUCUGUGCUUUCCAAAGGCGAGUUGUUGACAAAGGAAAUGCAAGCUGUUCCUGUAGGGUGGUCAGCCUCUGCCAUCACACCCUUCUUCCCUGAAUGGAAAGGAGAGGAGCCCACCAGGCCCUGGCAAUAACCCUCUGUGCUCAAGGGGCUGCAAAGUGAGUGCUCAUGACCUCAACCUGCACCACUCUGCAGUUAGUUCAGCUGGAAAGUUCCUGAACCUAUGCACAGGUAAAGCUCUCAAGCUCUCUCUGCUUUACACUCCCUAAUGCACUCAGGUCUCUUCUGUCUUGGGGAAAUGGUAUAGGAGAGAGGCUGAGGAAACCACUCACCCCUCAACUACCAGAGAGACAUCAUGCUAUAGAGCAUCCUGGGGACAGAAGUGCCCAGUCAGGAUGACAUCCUUCCUACUGGGAAAACAGUGAUUUUGGAAAGAAAUCUGUGUUGGUGGUGGCUUUUCCCCCCAGCUGUGCCUUCCCCAUGCACACCCUGUUACAGCUGGCUGUGCCGGCAAUAGCUCCCUGUGGCACACAGGUUGCUGAUCCCCAGGGCAACAAAAGGCCUAGAACAGUAGCUGUGGCCUUCUGCAUCUAUUUAUUUAGUUCUACUUUUCUUGAAGGUAUGUAACCCACACCACUCUCAAUGUCUUAUAUUUAUGAGCACAGCAGGGAAGAACCCCACACUACUGUACCUCCCUUUUUAAGCUUUAAAAAGAUGCUACCAGCUACAGGGCAGGGAACCUUUUUUAAUGAGAUUAUUUUCAAAACUGAUGUACUUUUGUAGCUGUGAUGAAAACCAUGAAAACCUGCACACUAAAAAGGUUAUACUUCAGUUCAGUGUGUCAAAGGAGUAUGUGCAUCCAUGGAGCAGAUGCAUUCUGUUAAGGGUUAUGUAUCAGGGGAUAACAUAGAUCAGAAACGAGGAAGGCUGAGUUUGUUUGCAUGUCUAAGUUCCAUAACACAAGUAAAGAGAGUGUAAGAUGGAAAGUCUUACAUACAGUCAACACAAAGUUAAUAAUAUAUUAUUAUUAUAAAAAUGUAAGUUGCAACUAAAACAUCAAAUUUAUUCUUUGCCUGGUAGCUUCUUUUUAGAACUUUGAUAAAAAUUUUGUUUAUUCCAAUGCUUGUGAGUUUUGUAUUUGAAGAUUUUAAUUAAAGUGAUUUA